AUGUCUGUUAACAACUACACAGCAAGACCUCCAACUUUCAGUGGAGACUCUAUUGAGUUUGAAUGGUGGAAGAGUAAGACGUAUAUUCUUAUCAUAGACCUUGAUGAUGAGUUUUGGGUUAUUCUAGAAGAUGGCAUUGGCAUUAUAAUUAAUGGAGUUGGAAUGGUGUAUGAUACAAAAGCUCUCACACCAACUCAAAAAAGGUUUAGAAAACAUCAUAGAGUUAGAGGCAUCCUGGUUGAUGCUCUACCUCAUUCAAAGUACAUCAAAAUCAUUGACAAAUCUACUGCUAAUACCAUUUUCAAUUCCCUAUGUGUUACUUAUGAAGGGAAUCAACAAGUUCAGGAAGCUAAGGCUAAUCUUCUAGCUCAACAUUAUGAGUUGUUCAAAAUGAAGGAGGAUGGAGACAUUGAAACCAUGUUUUCUAGGUUUCAAGUUCUUGUAUUUGGACUUCAAGUUCUGAACAAAAGUUAUACUAUGUCUGAUCAUGUCAAGAAGAUUAUUAGGAGUCUUCCUAUCAGAUAUAAACCUAAAAUGACUGUUAUACAAAAGGCUAAAGACUUAAACACAUUAACUCUUAAGAGUCUCAUCAGCAAUCUUCAGAGCCAUGAGAUGGAGCUCAAUAGAGAUGAAGCUGUCAGAAAGUUAAAGCCUCUUGAUUUUAAAUCUGUUUCUAAAACCACAAAGGCUCCUCAAAAUCUAGCCAGGAAGAACAAGAGAUUCUCUAGCGAAAGUAGUGGCUUCAGAGGAUCUGGCUUUAGAGAAAAGAAGGAUGAUCAUAAAGUAUUCUUCAAUUGUAAGAAGCCUAGUCACUUCAUUAUUGAAUGUCCUGGGCUACAAAAGGACAAGCCAAAGAAGGGAAGCUUUCAUAAAGAUAACUUCAAGAACAGAUUCAAGAAAAGUCUCAUGAAAACAUGGGAUGAACUUGACAAUGAGGAAGACACUGAAAAUUGUGAAGAGAAAGUCAAUCUUGCACUGAUGGCUCUUACAUCUUCAGAAGCAGAACCUGAAUCAGAUUUUGGCUCAAAGUCAGAGGAAGAGGAUAAGGUAUUUUCUAAACUAUCUCGUUUUAAUUUAAUUAAUUUUGUUCAAGAGCUCAUGGGAAGUUGUCAAGAAAAAGCCAUACACAUGAAAAUACAAAAAAAAAAAAAGCAAUAUGAACUUUUGAAAGAUGAGUUAAAAUUUGUUCAAAAUAAAAAAGAAGCUCUAGAGAAAGAUCGUAUUGGUCUAGUAAAGGAAAUGUCUAACAAACCUCUUGAUGAGUGUGAAUUGGCUCUCAAAGAAUUUCUCAUAAAUGGCUUCAAUAGAAAUAAAAUUGCUUCCAUAAUUUAUGGAGUAAGUAUAAGCAAAGGAGAAGGUCUUGGUUAA